AUGGCGAUGUUCUUCGACACCGAGGCCGAGAAAAUUCACGACAAGCUGCCACUCCAUCACGAUCGGAAGUGGGGAUACGUGGUCUCCCGCACCGUGGAUGAGGAUGAUGCGCAGUGGGCUACUUUUAUGGAGCGUCUGACAGAGUGUGUACAAGCCCGGAUGGAAAGGAAGGAGAAGAUGGAACUCAUUAGGGAUGCGUUCGCUUGGGAUGUGCGUGAUGACAAGAACAGUCUUCAAGGCGCUACAAAGAGCGAGAUUCGGAAGCUGUUCCUGCUCUGGCGCGACUCCGUCCACGGGAGCCGGAAUUUGUCGAAGUACACAAACUGCAUCUACGUCGAUCAGGAAGUCAUCGAUGCGGUACUCGGUGGAGGCGAUCCGUACAGCGACGACCCGCGGACGACCCUGAACCCUUCGGCGUUGGUCAAGAUUCUCGACGACAGAUUCACAGAUGUACCGGACCAGCUCGAAGUCGAGGACGAAUCUGAUGAUGAGCUGCGUGAGAAGCUGAAUAGUGGCGAUGAAGGAUACACAGCUGUUGAGGUCGGUGAUGGCCUUUGA